UUGGAUUCGUUUUUUUAAUUCAGAACUGUCGAACGCUGGAAUGCUGGAGCCACGGAUUUAGUCUUGUGUCACGUCCAUCACUGGAGGAGCUGUCAAGCACUCCUAACCAAAAAAAAUCACGAAGAUGAUAUUAUUUUGAAGUAUUUCAAAUCGAAAUCGUCAUGUCUGUGAUGUUAACUGCAGACUGGUUUCCCCUAGGGAGAGACACGUACUUCAGAAAAUUCGAGCUGUACCCCCUGGAGUUCCAGCGAGAGGUGAUCCAUGAAAACCUGGUGGUGCCCUCGCCGUACGGAGGUACCAUAGCCAUCACUCGAAACCCCAGGAAAUUCGUGAAAAUCCAGGGCUCGACGAAGCCGAUAGUCUCCCUUUACUUUUCCUCGGGUAAGCUCUUUUCAAAAUUCACCUGGAACAGUGGACAGCUGGUGGAUCUGGGAUGGUCCCACCAGGAGGAGCUCCUGUGCGUUCAGGAUGACGGGAAGAUCCUCCUUUAUGAUCUCUUUGGGGUGUACCAACGCUCCUUCGACAUGGGAAACGAAGCCAAGAAUACAAAAGUCAUCGACUGCAAGUUCUUCACGACAGUGAGUGGCACUGGAAUAGCAGUUUUGACAUCCACCAAUGCAAUUUUUCUUGUUAAUAAUAUAUCGGAGCCUAAAGUACGUCAACUCCCGGAGAUUCCGAAGCUAGGAGGUCCCAUAGACUCCUGGGUAGUGAUCAGGCACGAGAGACAGAGUCAGGUAAUCGUCUCGAAUCAGAAUGGAAUUUAUCAGGUGCACCACAUGGGCAAAACCCCAGCUCCCAUUCCGUUCUCAGCCCUCUUCAACUCCAAAGUCUCCAAUGUCAGGGCAAUGGCUGUUUCAGCUAGCCAUCAGCAUAUUGCACUUCUCGGAGAUACUGGACACCUCUGGCUGGGCUCGUCAGACCUGAAGAACAAGUACACCGAGGUCCAGACAAGCCUCACCGACCCCUCAACCUCGAUCUCCUGGUGUGGAGUCGAGGCUGUUGUCUGUAUUUUCAAUUCUACUCUCUUGAUUGCUGGAAGAAGUGGAGAUACUAUUGUCUAUUCUUACGAUUCAUCUCUCCACCUGAUCUCCGAGGUUGACGGCGUGAGGAUCAUCUCUGGGAGCAGUCACGAGAUGAUCCAGAAAGUUCCCAAUGUCGUGCAGAGAAUCUUCAGGAUAAAUUCAACAGAUCCUGCCUCUUAUCUUCUCGAGGCAUCCAGGCAGUUCCAGAAGAGGAGUCACAAGGCUGAUAGUUAUAUUGAUCUCGUCAAGGACAAAUUGGAUUCUGCCAUCAAGGACUGCGUCAAUGCAGCGAGCCACGAAUUCAAUCCAGACACCCAAAAGCUCCUGAUGAGAGCAGCAAAAUUUGGAAAGGGUUUCUCAAAGACUAUCAAUCCAGAGAGGUACGUCACGAUGUGCAGAAUUCUUCGGGUUCUCAAUGCUGUUCGUCAUCCAGCCAUUGGAAUUCCCCUGACAUUCACUCAAUUGGAUAUGCUGACUCCUCAGGUACUCCUGGACAGACUAGUUGUCAGGAGACAUUAUUAUUUGAGUAUUCAGAUAGCGAAACAUCUGCAGAUGCCUGAGGUAGAUGGAGAGAGCAGAAUAUUGGCGCACUGGGCCUGUUACAAGGUCAAGCAGACUGUUCUUGAUAAAGAACAGAUUGCAGAGGAAAUAGCUGCGAAAUUGGGGUACGCCCCGGGGGUUUCUUAUUCGGAUAUUGCGCAGAAAGCGGCUGACUGUGGGAGAAAGCAAUUGGCCAUCAAACUCAUUGAUUAUGAACCUCGGGCUCAGCUCCAGGUGCCGCUACUUCUGAAGCUUGGGGUCGAACAGGCUGCCCUGGACAAGGCUGUGGAGAGUGGAAAUACCGAUCUAGUUUAUACUGUUAUUCUGUAUUUCCAGAAGAAUAUGUCUCUUGCUAAUUUUGAAAUGUCCAUCAAACAUUGUCCUCUGGCUAUGAGUCUUUAUGUCAAGUAUUGCCAGAGUCAUAACAGGGAGGCGUUACUGGAUAUUUAUGUCAUGCAUGAUGACUUUCAUGCUCAGGCUUUGUGGUACAUCAAAGAGAGUUACAAUCCAAAGAAUAUUCAAACUCGUGAGGCACUUCUUAAAAAUGCACAGGAAAAAUUAAAAAUGGGAAGAUUCGACAUGAAUGCUGCGUUGACUGAGGAGCAAGUGAAAUUGCUGAAGCAUCAGAGAUCUCUGGAGGACACCCUCAGGGAGCAGAUCGUUGGAAAAUCUGUCCACGACACUGUCAAGCUACUAUUGCUGCAGAAUGAAAUAAAAUUGGCUGAGAAUUUGAGGUCCGAGUAUAAAAUACCAGACAGACGGUACUGGUGGCUGAGGAUUCAAUGUCUCGCUGAAAAGGGACUCUGGAGUGACCUCGAGAAAUUUUCCAAGGGUAAAAAAUCACCGAUUGGAUACGAGCCAUUCAUUGAUGAGUGCCUGAAAUACGGAAGCAGAUUGGAGGCGAAAAAAUAUUUACCGAGAGUUAAAGAUGAAUUGAAGAUCAAGUACUUUGCAAAAAUGGGGAUGUUGUCAGAAGCUGCUCAGACAGCAUUCGAGCAAAAAGACUCAUCAGCUCUAUCAUUUGUGCUAGCCCAAUGCAGUUCCUCGGAUCGUCCCCUCGCAGAGAAAAUCAAUGGAAUGAUCACUAGUCUGAGGAAUGGAAAAUAAAUAAUAAUGAAUUAAAAAAAAUAUUACUCCAGAUAAAAUCCCUUUACAAUAGAAAUUCUUCAUAUGAAUUUUGUACAUAAUUAUUUAAUAGGUGUACUGAAAUAAAAUUAAUCAUUUAAAUAA